AUGUAUUACCGUACAAAAUUAGAUUCUAAGCAAACUGACUGUUCAAGCAUCUGCAUUGGAUGUUUGGCCGAAAGAGAAUGCCGAGAGCUAGCCAUAACCAAUGAAGUCUCUGAGCCUCUACAGAAGCGUUUCAGCGAGGUCCCUUUUGAAGAAAUUCACACUUUUGUUGAAGAUGAGAUUGACAAAAUGCGGAAGUCUUUUGAUUCAGAGUGCGAAUCAACGGCCGAAAACCUGGUUAUGAAGUUUGUCUAUACUUGGGCUACUGAGGAACUCAUGAAAAAGAUAAACCCAAAAACUAGGGAUUUUGAGAAUUGGGAGAAAGCACAAGUGCGAAGAAUGGAUAUCAUGAUGGAUGGCGAGAGAACAACGCCUGCGCCCAUAUAUUGGGUAAAGAUUCUUGAUCAGCUUCGUGACGACCUCACCGCCAUUAUCUCUACCUCUAAGGCAGAUGGCGCUCCCUUGAGCCCAAAUUCGUUGACCGAAACUUACAAAAUGUUUCAUGACGAGUUACAAAGCUUUGUUGACCACUGGCUCAGCCGACUUAGGUCCCUCUAUCAAAAUGAAUAUCAAGGUGUGUGGACUGUUUUCUAUAUCAGAAAUGAUUAUGGGCAUCCUGUGAGGGAAGAAACCAGGUACUAUCUUCGCGCUUUGCUUAUCCUAUGGCCAAUAUUCGUGAUCCUGGUCGCUCUUUAUGUGUUUGAUCCCGAAGCCCCGCAAGACACUUACGAGCCACUAAAAAUAUCCCUUCUUAUCUGGAUAUUCUUGAUUUUUUGCUUUUGGAGGACUGGUACUGAUGGCCGCGCUCUGUUUCUUUUGAGUAGUUAUAUUAGGAGAGAUAUGAGUACAUACCACAAAGUGACAAAACUUAUUGAAUGUGCUCUCUCAAACUGGUCUACUGUUUUAUUUGGAGAGCUACCCCCUGGUUGCUUCGGUCAUGUAUCUUGGGGGCUGAGAUAUUACGGAAGUUAUGGAAGGACUCGGCGAUAA